AUGGCAAGAUCAACCACGCGACGGGCACGACGGAGGUGGCAAGAGGCGGAGCUCCAACACUUGUGGCCCUGGAUGAAGGAGCAAGAACAGCAAGGGACCACAUGGAAGGUCCGAGAACAGAACUGGCUCAAGGACAUUGGAACCCGGAGAAGCGGCCCGGCCAUCCAGGCGCAAUGGCAUCGCCACACCCGCAAACGCCCGCUCUCGGGGCAUGCUGAAGACGACGGCAAUGUUCGAGUGCAGAAAAUCCCCGCCGAGCCAUUGCGAGCGCCGUCCACACAACAGGAGGCUGCCGGCCCCGCGUCACCCGCGACCAGCAGCUCGCCCCCGCGCUCGGAGACCGUGCGGCCAUCCUCGUGUACCGAUCCUGCCCCGUCCGGGAACGAUGAGAUCCCCCCGCCGAUCGAAGAGAGGUUCUGGUCCUUGAUCCAAUUCGUCGCCACCGUCUGGGAACCAAAAGUGCGGCAUCGCGCUUGCGCGAAAUCCUCGGCGGCGGAUGGGAGAUGUAGAGACCUUCCGCCUCCAGGGUGCGAAGGCGCGACAGAGCGCCACGCUCCAGGGUCCAGGCUCGCCGGGAUGUGCCAAUCCCGACCUCGGUGCGAAUUGGGUCUCGAAGAACCGAUUAGAACCGCUUGUUCUGCCGUUGCUGCUGUCCAAGUCUUAGGGAUGGAUGAAUGGAUGAUUGGAUAG